AGGGGCAACUGCAGAAGUGUUCAUACGCUCUUUACGUUUAGUCCCUUACUUGUUGGGCGUUACACCACGUUCGGACCCUUUCUCGCUUCUCUACUCCGGUCCCAUUCUGACCAGCAGCUGGGCCUAACACUCCAACCAUGGCAGAUCAGUACAACAUCAAUGAGGAGAAGAUCCUGAAGGACAGACACACCAAAGAGAUCGACCUGAUCAACAGGGACCCCAAGCAAAUCAAUGAAGAUGUCGUGAAGGUAGAUUUCGAGGAUGUGAUUGCUGAGCCUGACGGCACACACAGUCUGGAUGGAGUGUGGAAAGCCAGCUACACCACCUUCACCGUCUCCAAGUACUGGUGCUACCGCGUGCUGUCGGCCAUCUUUGGCAUCCCCGUGGCUUUGCUGUGGGGCUUCUGCUUCGCCUGCAUCUCCUUCUGCCACAUCUGGGCCGUCAUGCCCUGCAUCAAGAGCUACCUGAUUGAGACCCAGUGCUUGAGUCGAAUCUACUCACUCUGCAUCCACACGUUCUGCGAUCCAUUGUUCGAGGCGCUGGGAAAGAUCUUCAGCAGUGUACGGGUGGCACUCCGCAAAGAGGUGUAAAGAUCACCGAAGCAGCCACUGUUUACAAAAGUCUGGCAGGGGAAAUUGGGGUUUUGUUUUGCCUUUGUUUUAUCUUUGUCAAAAGAGGUCAGAUUUUGAUGGGCGUAAACCUGAUCCCCAUCACCUUUAUAUGACGAAAGACUGGAUAGACGUAAGCAAUGAAGCAAUGCAUUCUGUAUACUGAGCAGAAUUGCUUACGUCUGUGCAGUGUUUUCGAUUCUAUGGCAAGAGGAGAGGGGUUUAGUGGGCAAGUCAGGAUGAGCAGCUCAAGUGUUCCAAGAAAUAUUUAUGAUGGAUUUGAGUGCUGACACAGGAGAAUAAGUCUUAUUCCCUUGCGUGACGAGGCCUUCUCCCUGUAAGCUCAAUAAGUAUUUUUAUUGGGUGCUAGCCUAACAGUAUUUAUAUACUAUGCAAAAAAGAGAUGUAAAAAGAUGAAAUUGUGGAAUGACAGAUAUAAGAAGAGGAAAUUACUUAUAGAAUAACAAAUUUCCUAUAGUCCUGUAUUUUAGAGAAAUGAGUUAAGUCUAAGUUGUCUUGAUUUUGUUUUUCUUUCUCACCAUGACUGUGUCUACUGUAUUCUGUGCACAAAAUAAAUACAUUUUAAAUGGUUGAA